UAUCUAUCUAUUCUGUGACGAUAGAGCAGAACCGAGCCACCGAGCACUAGAUUUACAACAAGAGAUUCAGUUUUACUUUGUGGUUGAGUUUUAAAUAUUGGUUUUUAUUUCUUUAAAUCUUACUCAGACUCUGCUACAUUGUAUAUUUAAAAAAGUUUUUUGUUUUUUAUUUUAUUUGACUUCAAGAAUUCUCAAAUGUGUUUCAAUGGUAACAUUGACCAUUUUGUUGUCAAAGUGUGGAAACAAACACAUUAACUCUGAUGAAAAGCUUUCAAUAUGAAAAUGCCGGAGGAGUCCGAGUUACUUUUCUUCGAUACUUUUUCCCAUGAAAGUUCUGAGGAAUUGAACUUGGAUCUUGUCCAGUUCACUAAAAAUGUUUGCAUAACUGAAGUUCGAAUUAUACCGCUGGGUGCACGAGUUCAAGCAGAUUUUCCCGGAGGCGUGAGACUUGGAGCCACCAAUCCAUCACAGUUUGAGAUUGAAUUUUUCGUGAACGAUUUGACAAAACCAGGAGCUUCAGUAUUUGAGAGUCUUGGUGGUGUAGAGUACAACCAGAAUGGGAAUAUUCAUCUGGAUUGUGAACUAAGGGUGCCGACGGAUGGGCUGGUGCUGCGUGGUUGGUACACUACGAUCACACUGGCCGUGUACGGCUACCUGGCGAAGGCAGUGAUCCCCGAAGUGCCGGCAGCAGGCUCGCGCCCCCCGCCCGAUGCUGUCGGGCCCGCCUCCAAUGCGGCCACCGCUGAAUGGGUGCAGCAGCAUGCACAGGUUGGCGAACUAGCGCCAGAUCCGUACAUGGUUGAACCUCCAAGAGAUCCGUACAAUGCCUCUUACAAUGAUGACAACUAUGCCCAUCCCCAUCAAGACUACCCUUAUCAGGAUCAGUGGUCUCAGGGAGGACACGCAGAGCCGGGCUACGAUGGAAGCAAAGAUGGCUACGAGGGAGACAGCAUGCUGGCGUGGGAGGCGCGGGGGGGAGACGAGAAGAUGCAUUGGACGGGGGGAAGUGGGGGGUCGGCAAGUGGAAAGGACAGAGAGUCCAGCAGGCAUCGUGGCGACCGCGAUUAUAGGGAUCACAGUCGCGACCGAAGUCCGCCGUACGAGCGUGGAGGCGGCUAUCACCGCGGUGGUGCGGGAGGGGACAUGUACCCCGGGGGCAGUAGGGGGGCGAGGGGUGGUUGGCGGGUCGACGGAGGCGGCAGUGAUUGGGGAGGGGGGAAGAGGCCGCGUUCCCCUCCCCAUCCCCCGCCUGGGGGAACCCCUCGAGGUGGGGCGCACACCCCGCCGCCCCUGCUUCAUGCUGAAGAGAAGGGAGACGCGAGGUCCGAGCAUGGAUCCAUGAAAAGAGAACCAGCAUCAUCGCCAGCUUUCGAAACGUUUUCGCCGGGCGACGUUGAGUCGAUUUCGGAGGGGGAGAUCCCCGAGCCGGAGGGGGUGGAGGGGGGUGUCCCCCAUGCAGCAGGAGGAGGAGGAGGGGGCGCCGAACUGGGAGGGGGAGGGGAUGCUGGCGGCACACCGCCUCAUCAUCCACAUCAUCCCCAUCAGCUGAUGCACAGUCCGCCGUCACAUGACGAGCCGAGUGUCGAUGGCGAACAGUUCGAGCCGAUCCUCAGCGACGAGGAAAUCGCUGACGACUGCGACCAGCAGUUUCAGGAUAUGGAUUACGACUUCAGUGAUUACCCUGAUGAUCCUCUAAAGCCAUUGAAUCCCUACGCUUUCGAACUGCAACCUUUGGCGUGCAUGCCUGACCCAUCAGUAUCAGCGGUGGAGUGGGAAGAGAAGUCGUUAGCCGCCAAACAGUGUUUGACAGAGAGAGAGCGCCCGCAACUGGAGAAUGUGAUCGCCAACGGACCUGCCACUGAGGAGGCCGUCAUGACGUCAUCCGCCACUAAGGAGGAGUGGCUCCAUCUCGCUGAAUCGGUUACCACCUCCCUUCACAGCAGUCUGCCUCACUUUCAUAAUAAAUCUGACGUGGUGACUAAAUUAUUGACAUGGGUGGACAUAGGCUUGAGCUUUGAAGCAGCUCUCAGCCAACCACAGCCCGGCUAUAAGGUACGACACAUAAAAGCCGGCGUCCGAUUGGUGGAGGCGUUGGCCCAGUGCAGCGAGGAACUGGUCAAUCGUAUGAUCAACGAACACAAAGUUCAUAGAAAACUUAUAGACCUAUUCCAUAAAGAGUACAUGGCGCUUUCCAUAAAACUCAUGAUACUCAAGUCACUAGAUGCCACUCUACGUUAUGACAAGUCAGUUGAAAAGUUCUUAAAUGAGAAACUAGGGGAAGACGAAUUGACAGGUUAUCAAAAACUGCUAAAUAUGAUACAGGGAAAGCAACUGGCUCGCGUCAAGUUCGCAAUCACUUCAAUACUUCAAAAGUUGCAUGCUUAUGAGGUGCUUGAUAAGCUGGACACCACCGCAAAAGCCUUGGAGGAACGUUUAAAAAUGUCUGAGGAUGAUUCUCAGAUGGACACGUCGGAACUCAAUAUUGAUAUCGAUGAUUUAGUUGUGUCCCUAGAAGAAGUUGUAAGGAUCUAUCGCGAUGCACCGUUCUUGAUCUCACAACCGAAACGAUUCAUGCCUGUUUCGGCACAGUUCGAUAUUGGCGCUACCAUCAAUUCAGCUGAUUCAUAUUCAUCGCUUUUCACUUACUUUAAAUAUCACAAUAUUCUUGUGACUUUUGUAACACUACUCACGCAUCCAGCAACUGCAUGCGAUUGUAAUGUGGUGAUGCCCAUACAUGAGAUGUUGGGUGCAUUCUUGGAAACCAAUAAGGGUUUGAGGUUUUUGGCUUCGAACCCUGAACCCACAAACCAGUUGGCUCGUAUUCUACUUGGGCCUUCACCCGACAAUAGUGAUGAACACACUGAGGAACCUACUUCACAUCUUCUCGGAUUGCAUUUUGUCAACCGUUUAUUCGCAUUGUCGUUUAUUGACAGCCUUCAAUCACACUACAAUGAAAAUGUGAAUGUUGAUUGUGAUGAGAUUUUUCAUAGCUUACAUUCGUUGUUUUGUCUCACAUUUACUGCUAUCGGAAAAUCAUCGGUUGUGCAUGUGCUAAGUCAAGAUGACAAUUUUGAUGUUUUGUUAAAACUAAUGAAACUCAAGGUUGAGAAUGAAACUAAGAUUAAAAAAUCCCCCGGUAAGGCUUAUAUUUUUGAUUUAAUUGUGCUGACUGUGAAACAUUCCGAGUAUAUGCCGUUCCUACAAAAAUAUUCUCGUGAUCUUUUGGAUUCAAUCAAUAAAGACAACAUUCAAGAGUUGAAUGAGCUAGUUUCUUGGUUGAAGCCUGUAGAAGAUUCUUCAGCAUUCUCGUACGAUGAUAUUUCCCCACUUUGUGAAAUUUUGAAGAGCAAUGUCGAAACUGCCACAUGUUUGUCAGGAGAGCUAGUCACUACUGUGAGGAUGCUCAAGUAUCUUGGCAUACCACCACGCGACAGUGAUCUGUCUCCUUCAGUGCCCGAUGCUUGCGAUUACAAUGAGUUGAAAUUCAAGUGCGUGAUACUGCAGUUGUUUUCUAAGGAAGGAUUGACACAUUUGAUUGGGUGUUUGACGAAGAUCUGCGAACACUACGAACAACCUGCUCUACAUGCGGCGAAAUUAGUUGCAAGACAAGGAUUGGCACUCACUGAUUUUUUAUUACCUGCUGUGCAAUUGAUAAGGCGAAUCCUAACCUACGUUAUCAAGUGUCGCAAUACAGAAUUCAAAGAUUUAACUGCGUUGCCAGUCUUAUUGCAGACGUACACACUAAUGCAUUCAAUACCUGUGAAUGCACAUAUACAUAAUGAUGCUCAGUGGGUCUGUAGAGACAUUAUUGAGACGCUACUAGCGUACACACAGCCGGUGUCUUCGGAGUCGGCCACGGAGAACGAGUCUUUGACAAAGAGUCUGUGGACGUCGAUGGCUGGCGAAGUGUUGAAGUACGCGACAGCUUCUCCAUGCCAGUUUCUGUCGGGGCUUUCGAUUCUGUCGGAACUGGUGCCGUUGCCACUGCCUGUGCAAUCGCGGUCGCCGUUGCCUGCGGAUGAGAUCUCGGUGGCAGUGAACUCGCGCAAGCUGUGGUCGGCUCACCUGCACCCGCUGAGUGGCCUGCUGCAGGAGCUGAUCGCGACGACCAGCGGCAGCAGUCACAAUCAGCUGUUGCAUCAGCUGAAGACGGUGUGUGUGCAGUUGGCCGACCUGGCCGCCCCAACUGCCCUCACCGUCGCCGGUGCAGUGCUCGAUGCCAUUGUCUCCGCACUCACGCCACCCGACCGGCCUGCUUCGCCCAACGCUGUCCAGGUUCUGAACUUGCUGGCGUACCUGGUGACGCACGCGUCAAUCAAGGCGGCGUUGAUGCACCUGUUGACGGUGAGAGCGGCCUCGACCACCAAGGCGGCCGCCAACAGUGAAGAGCACCGCUAUGCCUCUGUCGUCUCCUCCUUCUCUCACAUACUGCGAGCGCCCUUCAUCCUACCCACCCACGUUCAGGCACAGGAGUGCGUGAUAUCGAUUAUCCAAUCGCUGGUGGACCCCGACCUGACACUGCUGCCCCCGCCGGUUGGAGGGGCGGCACAGACCACGCCCACCGAGGUGUACCUGGCCAAUGCGCUGCCGCCUCGCGACCUGCUCGCCCCCCUCUGCGUCGCCAUGGUCGAGCACCUUACCAAUGAGAACCAGACUUCCAUUACCACGCUGCAACCUGUGCUCAGGACGUUCAUCAUGCUCGUCGAACACGACCUAGGACUCUAUCACUUGAAAUCUUGCUUGGACCGGCAGCAGAGAGCGCUUUGGCAGGCAGCGACCACAUUGUGCAAGUGCUGGACAAGGGACGGCGAGAGUCUGGCCACUCUCUCGGCGCUGCUGCAGCUCACUCACUGUCUGUUGCAGCCGUCUACAGACGGCAACUGUACUGCUCUGCAGCCGCCUGCAGACGGCCACUGCACCGCCACUGCACUGCCUCCGCGUACGCUCGCUCUCACCACUCGUCAGCUGGCCGGCUACCUCGGCUGGCAACACUCGGCAGCAUCUGACCACAACUCCAACUCCAACCAUCCACUCUCUCAGCUCGACAAACUUGUCAAGGAAAAUAUUUCAACUGAUGAAGAGCAAUUGGAUAGUGUACGUGAUAAUUUGACGGCUCUUAUCAAAAUGAUCGAUGAAGAGGAUGAAAAUCCACCUGAACAGAAAGAAAUGGUGGAGCCGCAGCUGCCAGCCGCCGAACCAAUGCUGGCGCAGUUCGCAGCCCGUCCCGUGUUCGUGGUUGGGGAAGUGGAUGAGGAGCGAGUGAGCGCCACCUACUACCUGGCAGCGCCACCGUUGGACGAGCACGAUGCGGCCACAGGCGACCAGUUGCACGCAGUCUGCGACUUGCUUGAGGUGACACGAGCCCACCUGCCCGACUGCAACCUCGUGGAGCGAGUGGCGCAACUGUGUCGCCACAAGCCGGCACCCGGCGACCUGGUGGCCGCCACUGCGCCGCCACCUGCCGCCACCGCCGCAGCCCAGGCCAAGAAGCGCCAUCACGCCACCCUCGCACAGCCCGAGCUCAACGCAAAACGCCCGUUCGUGACACCGAUGCGAGGCCGCGGUGCUUUGAGAGGCGGUGGCGGUGGAGGUGGCGGGGGGCCAGGUGGCGGUGGAGGAGGUGGCGGUGGGCCAGGUGGUGGUGGGGGCGGCAGUGGACCAGGAGGUGGUGGAGGCGGGGGGCAGCGCGGAGACAUGUUCCGGUCGCGGCCGCCCAACACGUCGCGUCCACCGUCGCUGCAUGUCGACGACUUUGUCGCGCUGGAAACAUGCGGCCAGCAGCCGACUGGCCCCACCGGAUACAACAAGAUAUCGAUGCGUGCUGCACAGGAUAUGAUGGCGACAAGAGCUCGCGGCGGCCGUGGAAGAGCAUCCUAUGGAGGAAUGGAGCGUGGUGGGGGCCACUUCUUUGGGCAAGCUCCUCCCUACAGACGUGAAAAUGAUAACCAGCAGGCGUGGCAUGGGGAGGGAGGAUCGGUGGUGAACACAGUGAGCGGUGGACCCCCUGGACCCUCAGGUCCGCCUCUGCACCAGUUCCGGCCGGAAGGUCCACCCCGCUUCCCCCCGGGUGGAGGCGGCGGCGGUGGCGGCGGAAGAGGCGGAAUCCGCCCGCCGCACAACUGGGAGCGGUUUCCGGGGCCUAUGCGCGGCCCGGGACGUCAUAUGCGAUUUUUCACUAGAUAAACUGUAACGUUUCUGAACUGGACUUGAUGUAUAGCGUGUGUGUGAUGAACUGGACUAAAUAUUACCAUCCUUGAGUGAAUUCCAUUUAAGAGAGAAAUAUUUCUGUAAGUUUGUAUCAUAUUCAUCAAUACCCUUAUCUUUCAUACUAAACUAUUCAGUUUAGUUUUAAUAUUCAAUUGCGUAACUUAGUUUUACAAGAUUUCACUUCUGACUCACAUGUUGCCCUUGCCAGAAGGGUCUUAGAAUUGAAAAAUGUAUUUUCCGAGCUCACACUGAUAAGUAAGCAUUCAUAAAGUUCAUGGGCAUUCAUCACAUUCAUAAGUCUCACAUUGAUAUCCCCUUAUAAUGUUUCUUGGAAACUUGAAGCUGAUGUCAGACAAUGUAGGUUGGCAUUAUGACUGAUCUCGUUUAGAGUAGUAUAAUUGACUUUAUAUGUAUCAGAAAAUAAAAAAGAUGCUAAAAGGUAAUUGGUCACUACAUUGUCACUAACUGUUUGUUAAUAACUGGAAAUUUAUAGUCAACAACUUAUCAAUUUACAGUUAUUGAUUUUUGUGACCAAGUCCAUUUAAAUAUUAUAUUAUUGUAUUUAUGAAUGAUUACAGAACUCUUAAUAAUUUUUGUUGUGAAUGAAUUACUAUAAUUUCUGCAGUAGUCUGUGCAAUGAUGGUUUGAGUAAUUGGCUCAAAUAUGAAAUAAAUGAGUAAAUUUUGGAAUUCCCAAGUCUGCCCUGAAGUAAGACUUUCGUCCUUAUUCACAUCAUCAAAAUAACCUUACCAGUAUUGUUAUAUAACACAAUCUGCUUAUUAUAACACCACCUCAAAUACAGACUGGUUGCUGAGGAAUCAUCUACGAAAUGACUUUACAUGGCAUAGCUUGUAAUAUAGUAAACUGAAUGACUGUGGUGCAAUAUGAGCCAUUUUGGUAGCCUAUGUGAGAUUCUAAACAUUCAGUUAAUUUUAUAAUUCUUACUUGUAUUUCCUUGUAUUUACUUACAAGUAGUAUACUUGGGUUGUUCAGAGAUUUAUUACAACUUCUCAAACAUUUUAUGUGGUGUCUAAUGUGUCUAAGCAGAAUACUUGGUAAUUUAUAAUUCAUUAUAACAUAUUAUUGUAACAGUCAUAAUGAGGUUCACUUUGAGUUGGGUUGAUUGAGGGCUCAACAAAUUAACAUACCGCCCACAGCUUAGCAGACACAGCAAAUAUUGUUUAUAUUGAAGUCUGCAAUAUUCAGACUUCUAAUACCAAGUCUUUAGACGUCCAAACUGAAUAAUACUGGAUAGUGUUAACUAUUCAGUUUAUACUCAUUUGAAGUGGUACGAGCUGGAUCAUGGAUGGAGGUUGUGUACGAUGUUUCUAUGUUGUCUACUACAGUAUACUGUACAUAACUAUUCCACCUCACCAUGUAGUCCAGAUUCCCUAUAUUUAUAUUGUAAAUAUUGUUGUCAGCUACUUAGUUUUAAAUAUUUGUGAUGAAAUAUUGAAUAUUACCUGGAUGUUUGGUAGUGCGAAUUAAAUUUUUCAACUACUAA